UGCCUUCAAAAAUUCAUCAUCAGUCUUCUUAUCUAUCUCACCUUAGUUUACACUCAUUCUUUCCCAUCCCACCUGAGUUUCAAUUUUCUGAACAACAAUCUCAUCUCAAACUUCUGCUUCAGUUCUGAUUACAUUCAUCUGUGAAGUAGCUCAUACUACAUUCUUUUCUAACAAUGUGCUAGAGUGUUGUAAUUGGAACUGAAUGUUAUAAAUUGAAAAGGGUAAUCAAAAGCAUGAUCCUCCCACCACUGUGCCUAGUGUUGUUCUAAGAAAGUCAUCAAGAAGAACAUUUAUUUCUGAAGCCAUGAGUUUCUUAUCCUGGCCUUCUAGCCACUCAUGGCAACCCACCAAGAGUGCAGACACCACUGCCUUAAGUUAUUGGUUGAACUGGAGGUUCUUAUUUUGUGCUCUAUGGAUUUUAGGAUCCAUGGCUCUGGCAUUUUUCUUGAUAUUCAAGUACGAAGGAUUCAACAAAUCAAGAUCAAACAGUGUUGAAAGUGAAGGAGAAGAAACAGAAUUGUUACAUGAGGAUGAGGCAUGGAAUACCUGUCUCAUAGGAAUUGAUCCUUCAUGGCUGCUAAUUUAUAGAGUAAUUUGUUUUAUUGUGCUUUUGGCUUUGAUCAUUGCCAGUGUUGCAGCAGAUGGUGCAGUCAUAUUUUACUUCUACACUCAAUGGACCUUUACAUUGGUGACUAUUUACUUUGGGCUAGGAUCAUAUUUCUCCUUAUAUGGAUGUUCCCUGAAACAAGAUAAAAUCACAGUGAAUGAUGCAGAAGUUGGUAUUGUUACCCAUGAUAGAAAAAUUGCUUCUUUAUGGGGUUACGUUUUUCAAAUUAUAUUUCAGAGUUGUGCAGGUGCUGUAGUGUUAACGGAUUCAGUGUUCUGGUUCAUCCUUUAUCCUCGUCUCAGCUCCUCCAAAGAUUAUAGUGUUGAUUUUUUGGUUUUUUGCAUGCACUCAAUUAAUGCGCUUUUCCUCCUCGGUGACACGUCAUUGAAUUGCAUGAGAUUUCCAAUGUUUCGAUUUGCAUAUUUUGUGUUGUGGACGGCUACUUUUGUGAUUUUUCAGUGGAUCAUCCACGUUUGCGUUUCACUUUGGUGGCCUUAUCCUUUCCUUGAUCUAUCCUCUCCCUAUGCACCCUUAUGGUGUAAUGUUCAAAUUCAGGUACUUGGCUGUGGCUUUGAUGCACUUUCCAUGCUAUGGCGUCUUUGUUUUAAUAAUAAGGAUGAAACACUUGUGGCUAUCAACAUCAUUUCCUGGCUCUUCCCGCUUUGUUAGGUGAAAUGACUGAUUUUGAAGAUCAGAACUAGAUUAUUCCAGCUGCUAUGUAAAUUCAUCCCUACCACUUUAAUUCUGUAACGUGUUUGACAACUAGAAGCAGCUUUUUAUAGCUUCUACAAUCUUUUAUAUUAUAGCUUUUUAGCACAUUAUCUGAAAUGUUCUUUAAACAUGUACACAGACAAAGAGGAUAAUAUUUCAUAAUCGUAAUUAGCAUAAAACAUGUAUCAUCAUUUCAUAUCAAACAUGGUUUGGUAUCUCAGGACAAAUGUCCAUGCAUAUUUAAUGCAUCACCACUAAAUUGAACAUCACAAUACAACUCUUAAGAAAUAAAUUUAUUAGAACGACCGCAGAUAUUAAAAGCAUUGUCUUGGUGCUUUGUAAGCUUAUUUACUUUAUAUUUAGAAUGAAGAUUACGGUAAUAUAUAUUUAUGCUAGAUAUUAUUUACUUGUGUAUAUAACAAGCAAGUCGGUAUUAUCCGUUCCCUUAUUCUUAAGUAAAGAGGGUCUUUGUAGUUGUUUGCUUGCAUCAUAGGGUAACAUUUUGCUACUAAGAUAUCAUAAAAAUUUUAUAAAGUGUGUCCAUGGAUAGAUGAAGCCAGAUAAAAGGAAAAGGGUAGCCAAAAGAUCAGAAAGGAAUGUCAUCACUCAUAUAGAAGACUCCAAUUAUUUACAACUAGUUUUCUCCAUGUAUCUUCUGAAAUAAAUACCACAUGAAACACUACAAAAAUAUUAAAUUUUAGCAGAGGUUAUUUUCGGGGGUUAUAGAAAACCCCCUUAAGUUUCCAACAGUUUUUAAAAAACCGCACUUAAAUAUUUUUUUUAAUUUUUUUAAAAGAAUUUCUGGCCGUUCCUAAAUAAUCCGCCCCUAAGUGAAAUUUCUUUUUUAAUUUUCCAACCCUCAGACAUUUCCUUCUUCACUUCCAACCCUCUCCCUUUUCCCAAACCCUAUUUCUUCACUUCCAACCCUCUCCCUCUUCCCAAACCCUAGAAAAUAUUCCAUCAAUGUUGCCAUUUUCGUUGUUGGUGGAAGCUAGCGUUGGUGGGCGUUGCUUUCUGACGGCCAUUUUCAUCCGAAGGUGGCGACAUCUCCCCACCGUGAACUCGAUUCUUCUCCGUUCCCUCAAGGAUCACUAUCAAGAAGCCGCCAAAAUGAACAUGCUCCUGUAAUCUCUCUCUCACUCUCUUUGUCUGUUAGAGUUUUACUCUAGGUCUAGACACAACUACUCUAAACUCACAAGGUUCGGUUCUGAAACGCAACUACGAUGAGGAAGGGGUAAGCGUCUACGUCAUGCGGUUGUUGGCCCCCAAGGAUGAGAUUCUAACCUGGACCAACACUUAUGUCGACGUCUCCAAACCCUUGCGGAAGGAAUCGUUGAUUUUCCUCGUACGAAGGAAUAGUUGAUUUUCCUCUACGGUUUGUACGAGGACGAUUCACUCUUCUUCAGUCUUCUAGCUGAAAAUAUUAUUUCAUGAUUUCUGAAUAGUUUGUAAAGUUUGUAUUGAUGGAGCUAAUUCGAUCUUUGUUCUUCUCUUUUUAAUUUUGAAGGAUUAUAGGAACAUAAAUCUUUAAUCAGAAUGUAGCAUGGAUCUUGCUCUGGUGUUAAACUACUCCUGUUUUAUUUUAUUUUUGCAAU